GUAACCCUUGUUUUUCAUAUAUGUACAUAUGUAAUGUAAACAAUAACAGCUGAUUGUGCAAUUUUUACUUUGUUUACAAAUAAUUGCGUUUGCAUGGCGGCAAAAUUUAUUGCGUACGUUUUUAUUUAUUUAAUUACAAGUUUAAAAUGGUUUUUAUAAUCGGCUCUAGUUUAAAAUUAAUUUGCAAUGUCCUCAAAACUCAAGCAGAAAAUGACGAUAUACAAAAUAAGGAUAAAAUUGAAUUGGAGGAGUUACUACAAACAUUAAAUGCUAGCGAAAGGUAUUUAGUGGCAAAAUAUUUUUGUAAAUUAAUCUGGAAUAUUGGCAGCUUAAAAAUCUUAAGUAUAUUACAAAAAUUAAGAAUAUUAACCGCCACCGAAUAUAUACUAAGCUGUGAAGAUAUACAAGAAGUUCAAUUGAUAAUAAACGAUCUAUUGGAAUCUGAAUAUGAUUUAAUAACAAAUCUUUUAAUUAAUGCCACUUUAGACUCUGCUAAUUCCAUACGUUUAAAUGCUAUAUUAGAUGAAAGUUUGGAAAAUCUUUUUAAAGAUUUAUUACAAAAACCCGAAUUGAAUGAUUUAAGUUUUCUUGAUUAUAUUAAGAAAUCUGUAACAGCUGAAAUUCGAGUGAAAAUUAUUCACAAACUUUUUACUUCUAUAUUGGGCCUUCAGCAAACAAAUAUCAAAGAGGCGUUUCAUAAUUUUUCCACUUGGAUUAAUGAGGGUGUAGAUGAUAUGAAAUUUCCCCAAGAUUUAUAUAAGCAGUUAUUAUGUGAACAUCCUGAGGAAUCUUUGAAUUUCUUACUGAAAUCUUCUACCAUUGAAAACUUUAAAGAAUGGAAAUUUUAUUUAAUUAUGCUGCAAACAAUUUCCAGUAAAAACAAUGUUAUAGCGGGACCUUAUAUAAGAAAAUAUCUUAAAUUACGUCUUAAACAAUGCGCUACUAUACCCUGCAAACGUAGUAUACUGCAUAUGCUGCUAACUGCCCGAGCUGCCACCGCCAAUACCAUGGACAUAACGAAAAAUUUAAACAAUUAUGCCGAUUGGUAUAAAACCAAUAUAGGUGAAAUGAAAUUUUCCUUAAAAGCCGAAGAAUUUCAAAAUAUUUUAGCUUUGCUGGAGCAAAGCAUCAACUACGAAAUGGAAGUCGAUUAUUUAGAGAUUCAUACACUUAUAGCCAUUUCACCACCGGUGCUGUGUGGUAAAUUGGUACAAACUUAUAAAAAUAAAUGCAAACAACGGCUACAACAAAUUAAAAAGGGAAACUUACAAGUAGAUGCCAUCAAUGCAAGUAUUGUUAUAGAAGACAGCAAUUAGUAUUUGG